UUGGACACACGGACCGGGUUUGUUCAUAUCUCUGAAAGUUCUGAAGUCGAAUGUUCGUAAGCAGAGGGCGUUUCUGUUUUAACGGAGUUGAACUCCAAUUGCUUCUUAACGCCCUGCGUUUGUCUCUCUCCCUGCAUUCCCUCCAGGACGGGGCUUCAGGAUCAGCUACCUGUACCUUAGCAGAACGCAAACCUCAAAAGAUUGUGGAGUGGAAACGGCGGGGCAGACGCAACCGUGGCUUGCUCAGCUGCACCUCAAUGGCAGGAACGGUCCUCCGUGCGAUGCGGCGCUUCUCAAUGCGCAGUGGCUCCUCACCAGCGCGUCUUGUUUCAGUGGCACGUCCGCCAUGCCUGGCGACUGGCGGGCAACCUUCAACAACAGCGACUUCCGACCCCUCGCCGCCAUCCACCUGCAUCCUAAGUUCAACGCCACGACCUCCGACUAUGACGCUGCGCUGGUGCAGCUGAGCGACGCCAUUCCCCUUUCGGAUGCCGUCAGGCCGGCUUGCCUCCCGGACAGGCGCGAGCCAAAUCCACUGCCUGGGAAGUCCUGCUCCAUCGCGUCCAUCCAAGACGGUUCGAAGGUCGUGCGACGCGUGAGCAUCGUGGACCAGGAGGAAUGCCGAGUCGCCCACAGCUCCAGCGCCGUCACCAGCAGGAUGAUCUGUGCCUCCGAUCAAUUUUGCGUGAACCAGGCGAGCCCGCUGCUGUGCAGGGAGGUGGACGGACGCUGGUACCUGACGGGCGUGGGCAGCUGGGGUCUGUGCAGCUCGCCGGCGGUGUUCACCAGGCUCUCGAGGAUCCUGGAGUUCGUCGAGCGGACGGCCGUCUGAGACGACAAAACUUGCGCGGAUUAGUCGCCACCUCCCUACCCCUCGGGUUAUAACCGGUCGUCUAUGUCUUCUUUUCUUGUGUAUCCGGUAUGGGCUUAAUGGAAUGAAUCACACGGAGAAUUUUUGUCAAUGGAGUUAACGGUGGGCGUGGAUUGGACCCCCAAUAGACCCACGUGACUGCACAGCAGGCCACGCCCACGAGUGGACUAAUCAAUUCAGGGUACAGGGCGAACCUAUUGAGAUUCGUAUUUUGCUGUGCCGGGAUUGAGCAGUGAGGUGCUGUAUAACAACUUGGGGGGUCGAUUGGUGUCCAUCUGAUCAUAAUUACAGGUGCACGAAUGCACAUCAGAAGACUUUGAAAUGAAGAGUUUGCCGUUUCACAACCCUCUGGUGUACUUCGGUGGUGGAGUCGCUCGAUCUUCAAGAUGAAGGCAGAACACAACACGGAGGAUUCAUUCACAGAUUUCGAAAUUGUCUAUUAUUGUUGUUGUUGUUGUUGUUUUUAUUAGCCGGCCUAACACCCUCUUUACGAUCACGGGAGGGGAGGGAUAGGGCGAGCCAGUAACACUUGCAUCUGUUUCUGCGAAGAAAAAAAAAACGAAAUAUAACUCCACGAUAGAGGGGUUUUUUGUUCGUUGUCAAAGA